AUGCAGGAGUACAAGGUGGUGGUGCUGGGCUCGGGCAGAGUGGACAAGUCGGUGCUCACCGUCCAGUUCGUUACUGGCACCUUCAUCAAGAAGUACAACCCCACCAUCGAGGACUUCUACCUCAAAGAGAUCGAGGAGGAUGCCUCGCCCUCCGUCCUGGAGAUCCUCGACACGGCCGGCACUGAGCAGUUCGCCUCCAUGUGGGACCUCUACAUCAAGAACGGGCAGGGCUUCAUCCUGGUCUACAACUUGGUCAACCAGCAGAGCUUCCAGGACAUCCGCCCCAUGCGCGACCAGAUCAUCCGCAUCAAGAGGUGA